AUGGAGAAUGUACACAAUCACGUCGAUGUGCGGUUUUUAACGAAAUGGGAAGGCAGAUUUGAUGCGGAGGCAAUGAUCGCGAAACCGAAUUUUCACAGUCGUAGCGUCUCUUCGGAGAAUUUGAUCGCGAUAGAAAUGCGCAAACUCGAGGUGAAGUUCAACAAACCAACGUGGAGGUAUGACCCAUGCAUGCUUACUCAGCACAUCGAUAACAGUGAGAAUGCAGUGAUGACCUCUGUUGAAUCGCGUAUAAGAAUGCAUCUCGAACACAUCCCCCUGCCACAGAUCAUCGUAUCCGCAAAUUAUGACGCGUCUUUGUGGAAAAUUUCUUCUCGCGGCAGCGUACAGUUCCUCGAUCAGCUGCUGACAUUCUCGUGA